AGUGAUCGACUUACAUGUGCUCUGGACACCUUCAAGCUGGAAACCCUUGGGUAAACGGGUGAUCUUUGAACCAUUUGGGCGUUCGCUAAUCUCUGCCGCUAUUGAUAGUAUUCUCUUAGUAUUACUGCAUGUAAUAUCCGGAACAGUCGAUCGUGUUGCAUUGGACUCUCAAAUAUUGACGUGAACGUUAGAUAGCAUAAUUUAAUAAUGGAUCAUAAAACAGUCAUAAGUAGGUUGUAACUUGUGGAAAACUUUUUUUGUUGCCAAAUUAACUAUUUAAAAAGCGAGAGACAAUCUGAAGACUACUCAAACAGCACAUGCACAACCCGAUGGGCGACUUUUUAAAAAUAUGAAUAACUUUAAGUAUAUAGUUGCAUGCGUUUUACUAUUUACCUCGGAGUCUCGUGCCACCGAUGCCAUUGAACAAGAUGGGAAAGUAUUUUUAGAGGACAUUUUGCUUUUUUACGGUAAAAAUAGUUCAAUUUCAACAGACAAUUUGCAAAACUUUCUCCAACUUAUUUCAGCCAGAAGAUCAGAAUUAAUAGUUCAUGACGAAAAUCCUCUGGUAAAUUCUAAGUGUCCCUCAAUGGGGCAGAUCUUGUCUCACUAUGGGUUCAGCAAUGUCAGUCAGCUGACAGUGCAGCAUCUGGAGAAGAUCUGUCCAGCUGUGUUGACACAAGUAGUGCUACCCUCAUGUCCAUACACCAUCACAACUUCUGUCAAGCCUGUGGACUACCUUGUGUGGGGGUACGGCUUCCUGGCUGUCACUGUGAUCAACCUGGCUUCCCUGCUGGGCCUGCUGCUCAUGCCCUCCACCAAGAAGCCCUACUUCCCCAAGGUGCUCACCUACUUCAUCGGCCUGGCCAUCGGGACCCUGUUCUCCAACGCUGUGCUGCAGCUCAUUCCAGAGGCGCUAGGGUUUGAUCCCAAAACUGAUAACUACGUGCUGAAUGCCAUCGGGAUAUUUGGAGGGUUUUACCUGCUGUACGUCACAGAGAAAGUCUUGAAGAUGGCGCUUCGGGUAGACCAUGAGCAUGGCCACGGCCCCUCUGCCCCUGCAGAGCCAUUCCAGCUGAACGGAGACAUGGAGGUGAAGAAGGAAUGCAUCACUCUGGCCAACAUCAGCACCAUCAGCGCUGAGGAGAGUAGUAUGAGCCUGCCUCCGUUGGAUGACACUCCACAGGAGGUGCAGGUGCCUAAUGUGAUGUGCCACUGGCUCCGGGGACAGCGCAUCGCCAACAUCAAGACCGUGGCCUGGAUGAUCACCCUGAGUGAUGCUCUGCACAACUUCAUUGACGGCCUGGCCAUCGGGGCCUCGUUCACAGUGUCCUUGCUGGCUGGGUUCAGUACCUCCAUCGCCAUAGUGUGUGAGGAGUUCCCUCAUGAGUUGGGUGACUUUGUCAUACUGCUGAAUGCUGGUAUGAGUAUCCCCCAGGCCAUCUUUUUCAACAUGCUGUCUGCCAUGUCCUGCUAUUUUGGCCUCGCUUUCGGGAUCCUUCUUGGCAGCAACUUCGCCCCCAACGCCAUCUUCGCCAUUGCUGGCGGAAUGUUCCUCUACAUCUCUCUGGCAGACAUGUUUCCUGAGAUGAACAGCAUCUUGAAUGAGCAGGAGGGGACUUUGAAUAAAGUCAUCUUCUUCCUCAUCCAGAAUGCAGGCCUCCUGACAGGAUUUGCCAUCAUUCUGCUGAUCACCAUGUUUGCUGGUGAUAUCAACCUGGGCUGAAGACAGACAGAGAAAGAGAGAGAAAGAGAGAGAAAGAGAGAGAGAGAGAGAGAGAGAGAGAGAGAGAGAGAGAGAGAGAGAGAGAGAGAGAGAAAGAGAGAGAAAGAGAGAGAAAGAGAGAGAGAAAAGAUUUAACAAGAUGCAAGUGAACUGCUUCUGCACAAAUUUGAGAUGAGCAGGACUGAAUAUAAACUGCUUCUUUUGUACAAAAAUGAAAUAGUUUUAAAAACGAUUUCAAUAGUUGUCCUCUUAGUCUUAAAAGGGAAAAUAUUAAAUACAAUCACUGGAUGUUAAUUGUGUCAACAAUGUAUUUUAGAAGACGUUUUGAAUAAAUUAUUGUCAGUCUCUACAGUGUAGGAGCUUUGUGAGCAUGCCUGUCUAGUCCAUUCUGCACUUUUAUUAUGAAUUCAUCUUGAUAGAUUAAAAAAUAUAGCCUAUAUAUUUGAGCAACAACCCCAUUUGCUUUAGAUUAUGGUCGGGUGCCAAGAUUGAUCUGUUUAACACCAAAACUAUCGCUGUUUGUCAUUUGUAGUGUCUUAAGCUUCAAUCACCCAUGUGCACUUUUAUUACCGCCCCACUCACAGGGAGCAGGAAAUUACUGAUCACGAGUUGUUUUAGAGCUGCAUUACCUUUCCUAAAGUCGUUACC